UCAAAUUAUAUUUCUAUUUCAGAGUGCAGAAAACAAAAACAUCGGUUUUAGAUUCUAAGUGGAUUACCUGACCUGCGUCGUAAUAAAACAGUUUAAUUUUCAGACAUCAUGGAGACCGUGUCUAGGUUCUGGGGUGUGAUAAACCGGAAGAAAACCUUGUCUUCUGACGUCAUGGACACCCCCUUAAGCCGAUGUCUGAACACUUUUGACAUGACACUUUUGGGCAUCGGACAUAUGAUUGGUGCGGGAAUUUAUGUGAUCACGGGGACCGUCGUUAAGACGAUGGCAGGUCCGGCGGCCAUGUUGUCUUACGCCAUCGCUGGGGUGGCUGCUAUUUUAGCGUCUCUUUGCUACGCCGAAUUCGGUGCCCGGAUUCCUAAAGCGGGCUCAGCUUAUUCUUAUACCUAUGUGACAAUUGGGGAGUUUUGGGCAUUUGUGAUUGGCUGGAACGUCGUACUGGAGCAUUUGAUUGGCGUUGCAUCUGUAGCUCGUGCAUGGAGUGGAAGUGUAAACGCCAUAUUUAAUGACGCUAUCAAAAACGGUACAAUAGAACAUAUAGGGAGAUUGAGUCACGAUUCCCCCUGGUUGUCAGAGUACCCAGACUUCGUGGCUGUCCUUGUGAUAGUAAUCAUUUCAGCAUUCAUAAUAACUGGAGCGAAGAUCUCUACCGGCGUCAACAACGUCUUCACCAUUCUCAACGCCAUUGUCAUGGUCUUCAUCAUCGUCGGUGGAUUUUACUUGGCGGAUUUGGAUAACUGGAAGAAUGAUUACAGCGGCGGAUUUUUCCCAAUGGGCUUCCAGGGAGUGUUUGGUGGUGCAGCUGCUUGUUUCUAUGCUUACAUUGGCUUUGAAGGUAUUGCCAUAGCGGGUGAAGAGGCGCGAGACCCUGAAAGGUCCAUCCCACGGGCCACACUUACUGCCAUGGUCGCUGUGACCAUUAUAUAUGUGGUUAUCACUAGCGCCCUGACACUGAUGGUACCAUAUUACGCCGUCAUUCCGGCUGCGGCUUACCCAGCGGCAUUUGCACUGCGAGGACUAGAGUGGAUGAAGUACGUCGUUGCUUUUGGAUCGUUGUUCGGUAUCACCACAUCUCUGGUGGGUGGUUUGUUUUCUCUGCCCCGGUCCGUCUAUGCCAUGGCCAGCGACGGGGUUUUCUUUAAAUUCUUCGCCCGAGUGUACUCCAGGACACAGACCCCUGUCUAUGCCAUAGCCGUGUUCAGCUGUCUGGCAGCCAUCAUGGCCUUCUUGCUGGAAAUCGAAGCCUUGGUUGAGUUCAUGUCCAUCGGCACCCUCAUGGCUUACACUAUUGUGGCUGCCAGUGUGAUUAUCAUGCGAUAUCUGCCUGUCACAAAAUGCCAGUUCAAACUUAAACCCGACGUAUCGGCAGCAAACGCCGAUGAUACCGAAUCAGUGUCGGAGAAAAGCGACAUUCUUAAGAAAUCCAAAAGCCACGACGACUUCGGCAGGUUAAAGCAAACUUUCAAGAAAUUUCCUAUUCUGAAGUCCGUGGAACCCGGAAACGCCGCCAUAUUGGCUGUUGUCCUUAUGCUGGUGUUUAUGACAUCGUUCAGCAGCCUUCUCCUGUUUGGUAUAGAACACAUCCAGGCCGGGGCGUGGUGGAGCAUCAUCCUCUUACUGAUCUUAGCUGUCUGUAUCGUCGCCUGUUUUCUGAUCAUAGUUGCACAUGAGCAGAAUGAUGCUUUUCUGACUUUCCAGCUGCCAUUUGUCCCGCUGGUGCCAGCAGUCAGCAUGUUCUGUAACGUGACUCUCAUGUUGAAGCUUUCCUAUCUAACCUGGAUACGGUUACUUAUUUGGCUGGCCGUAGGUUUGGUGAUUUACUUUGGCUACGGUAUCCGCCAUAGCCUUGAGAACAAACCAAUGGCGGCCUAUAACCACCUAGUGUCCUAUGUCGGGGACGCCGAUAUGGGUUCACGAUCUCUCACGAACUUUGCCGAAGACGUUCAUCUACAGCAACCAAUCGUAAAGGAGAAUUCCGAGUUUGGGCACCCGUCACAAGGAAUGGAAGACCAUGAGAUGGACACGGACUACCAGAGGCGGUAAAUGUGACAGGCUUCGGCUCCCUUCGGCACACUCCGACAAAGCCAACGGUUCAGACGGCAAGCCAGCUGUUGAAAACACAGGCUUCCCGAGUAAACUAGCGACUAGAUAUUGCCUACGGCAAUUUUCCAUUAAUGUUGACUAGGUUUAAUUGUAGACAGUCCUUCACUUCAUAGACUGUGUCAUGUGCCGUAAACGUGUACAGUAGCUUGUGCAAUAAAUGUACAGUAUCUUGUACAGUAACAUGUGCAGUGACGUGUACAUUUACGGUAUCAUGCACGGUAACAUGUACUGUAACGGGUACAGGAACGUGUGCAUGAACGUGAACAGGCACACCCACGGUAACGUGUACAGUCACAUGUACAUUUAUGGUAUCAAGCCCAGAAUCAUAUGUGGUAACAGGUACAGGGACGUGUACAGUAACAGGUAGAGUAACAUAUGCGUUAACAUGAUCAGUGACAUGUGCAAUAACAUGUAAAGUAGCGUGUGCAGUAACAUUUGUGUCUUAUCACAAGCACAUGGCUUGACGUCGCAAGCUAAUGUGUCGAAGCGGAAGAGCUCAUAUCGAAGCUUUAUGUCAGGAACUUAAAAAGACCUUCAGGAUUAGGUGAGGUGGUUCGUGGGGGUUCUUCUUCAGCUGCCAAGAUGAGGCCGCCAGGUAAACGAAAACAUUCCUAAAUACGGCGUAAAACAAAAAUGAUCAAAAUGUGAAGUUUGUGUAAAAUAUCAAAAUGUUAUUCAGGGAAAGCAAGUAGUGGUGCGAAUCUCUGUUCUUGUUCACCCUUACCCUUAAGCCGUAUCAGCAUAUAAGUAUUACAUAAUUUGAAGUAAUUUAAAAUUGAUUGCAUUUUGUAAUACGAGCCAUAUAUAUUUUUUUUGGUCGUAAGCUAUAAUGUUAACCUCCGGGAUUUUCCGAUUUUCUCCAACCAAAAAGCUAACCACCGUGGUAUAAGUGAAAAAUAAAAAAAAUUAACUGAUGGCAUGUACCAUACGCCAAAGUCACACCCCGUGUUCUCCGUGAAAACCCCACAUGUCUAAGUUUAUACCCACCUAUUGGUUGAUGACAGUUAGCAGGACGAUGACCAAGGUCAAACAAAGGCUGCUCUUGAGAAAAUCUGACUUCGACACGUUUUCUGUAUAGUAUUUUCUUGACUGGCUAGGCUUCCAUACGGACAAGACGCUAGAUAUAUUUAGAUAGGUGACUUCACUUAACAUUCUAAGCUGAAAGGCCUAGUCUCUAGGUUUACUUAGAUCUACGUAUUUUAAGCCAUCAUCAUGUUAUUCGGACGCCAUGUAGACUGUUGUGACUACUGUAGAUUUUCAACCUUUUCAACCUCUAAAGCACUUUUUUCAGUGGAAUUUAUGUUUACAAUUAUUAUAAAAAUGACACCAAAAAUGAAUGAAAAAUUAAUCUACACCCCACAAAUCUCUCGUAAUAUUGGCCGUAGUGCUGGUUGAAAAGGUUGAAGAAAUAGGCUAGAACAGAACUUUAAUAUGUACUUUGAAACUGCAAGAGCUUCUUAAAUCUCUUCAUUCUAGAACAUUUUUGAUGGUACAAACAUAUUAGUAAUUUUGAAUCAAAUGUUUACGUGUAUAAUGUGGAUAGAUGGAUGUGUUGGUAUUUAUUGGUGAAAAUGUUGUGUUUAUGGCUAUCCGUAUUGUUUUAAUGCGUGGAUAGUUGUAGACUUAUAUGAACAUGUGUAUGGUGUUACCGUACGUCUUUCCGUGUCAAUACUAAAUAUAAUUUUCUACAAAAUAUAAGAAAUUAUUUAUCAGAUGAAAAUAAUUACAUGAAUAUGUGGUACACGUAUUAUGUUCAUCACCCGAUGCAUAAAUGACAUAUUUUCCAAGAUUGUGAAGUAUAAACUUCUUUCUUGGGCUAAGUUUGAAAAGCCAAAAAUAUUUAAGUAGUCGUUUGUUUUGACGAUGACUACAGCCCACAUACAUACACAACAGAAUUCUAAACAUAAUGUAGGCAUAUAUAAAAUUAAGCGUAUAUAAAAUUUAUAUUUUUGUCGAAGGAAAAAAGAAAACGUAUUAAAUACAGUCGAAUGCAGACAGCACAUUUAUAUAUGCUUUAUUGCCAAUGUUUGCCUAGCAGUAAUUUUUAAAUUGUUUCUGAUGCGAUUAUAUUUAGAGGAACGCAUAUUGUACCCAGGACUGCAGGGUUCCAAGGGAGGUAAUUCUGAAAAUAGACGGACCCAGGCGCUAUGACGGUCAGACUCAUCUAGGUGCACAGAUCUGCGUUUUCCCACAUACAUUGUGUUUCUGCCGUAAUCAGUUCAAUUCUACAAAAUUUGUCCAUCGCGCAUUUUAUUAGCUACUUUUUAUUUAAAGAAGAUUUUGCAUGUUGUUUCUCUAGGGAGGUGUCCAGUUUCACGUAGAAAUCUACACACAGAAAAUUAGUGAGUUAAUUUUAACAGAAAGUCUGUUGACUGAGUGAUGUCAGAAUGUAUUAUGUUAUUACAACGGAUUAUUGUCUUAAAUAUAACGCACAUAGUGUAUUCAUUCAAUAUAACGAUUCUAUUAGAUGAACAAAAUAUUGUGUUGAAUAUGACAAAAUAUUGUGUUAUAAUAUCAGAAAAGACUCUAGCAUCACUCAGACAACAGACUUUCUGUUAAAAUGAACAGAUUAAGUUUUUGAGUGUACAAGCCUGAGGGCAUCUGCGUCUUUAAUUUGCACAUUGUCAUUAAUUGCUGUCAAAAUAUUUUCCAUUUCUUUUUCUUCCUGUUAUUUUGGCUAUGCUCUGCUUCGCUUUCUGUCGUUUAGGGAUUAUUAUUCGCAUAGAAAUCGAUUAGUUUUACUGUUCCAAAGCGCUGCUCAUUUAACGUGUUCAUACCUUUAUACUAUUACAAAGCAAUAUAGGCCACGUGGUAAACUUAUCCACUGGUUAUUACAUUAUAAUUUUUAUUGUGCCCCGGUUGUGGAUAUGGAGUAUUCCAAGUGCCUCUUUUUUUUGAGUCAGUGCGAGUGAGUUUUUUUUUAUUUCAUUUACAGUGACCUUGUUUUCCUGGCACGUAAUAUAAGCUACAGAGCUCAAGGUACUCACUGUUAAAGUGAAAACUAUUUGCUUGCAUACCUACUUAUGGAUCUGAAAUAAUGCCAGCCUAACACCCGUUCGCUACAGCAACCAAAUUUCUCAUAUGCCGUUGUUCGCAAAGGGAAGCUGUCUUUGGUGUAUUGAUAUUCUGAUUAUAUCAAGGUUUGAUCUGCCCUAAGACAAAGUAAUGGAUGAUUUGAAGAUGAUAAUUUGUCAGAUCUCCAGGCCUUACAGUAAGUGAGCAUGCAGGAAUGUGAGUGACUGGUCGGUCGAUCUGGCUUUAUAGUGCGACUGUGUGUAACACCGACAAUUUUACUCAUGUGUGAUAAGAAUUUUAUGCUUCCGCAUUUCUUCCCAAGCCUUGAUGUUUUACACCCUCCUUUGGAGUCAUUUUUUUUUUGAAAAAAAGGUUAUAGCAACAAAGGCUUGAUCAAAUAUACAGUACACAUUUUGAUCCUUAAUGAGUUUACUUCACCCAACAAUUUUGCAAUUGGAGAAAUAAGAAUUGGUCACUCUCAGAAGAUUGUUUUGAAACCUAACAGAAUGUAAAAAGUUCAAUCCUUGUCCAUGAUAUACAAAGUUAAAACUAUUGAAACGUUCAUACGUCAGAUGCAUAUAAUAAAAUUAAGUGGUGUUAAUGUUUGAUCUUAGUGUGUUUCUUGAAAUCUGAUGCAGACUGAGACGAGUAGGUACCGUCCGCAACCUGGUGAAUUUUUGUUUAUUUAUUUAGUUCGUGUUUUAAACCGUACUGAAGAAUAUUUCU